ACACGCUGAUGGCGAGGCUCGAGUGCGCGCGUUUGAAGACCAGCAGUAACACCCAUCACAGAUCCAGCAGACGCACGGUACAGAGGAACUUCAGUAGUUGUGGAUGCGCUGUGAGCUGGAGUCAGUGUGUGAUGCUGAAGAGAUGCGCUGGAAUAAAAUCAGACCAGGAUGCGGAUAGAGGAGUAAAAGUAACUGUAUAGCUAAUGCACAGCAGGACUUACAUAUGCAAAAGGAAAAUGUAAAUGCCAGAUCUAAACCGAUGGCUUUAACUGUGUCAGAACAGAACUCAACCCCAUGUGUACUGGGGUGAAUACCAUGACCUGGUAAUUUCUGACUCUGUGGAGGGUCCACCCUGCACAGCCACUUGGCAGAGAUGUACCAGGAAGUGGCUUUCCUAGCUGGCAGCACCGAUCAUCAGUUUACCUCCUUCCACUUUAACCCUUUGGAGAACCCUCAUGAGAUCAGCAGCAAGAAGGGUGUGUUUUACAAACGUGCCCAACUGCAGCAGAAGCCUGGCAGACAGGAGGAUGACGUUUGCCACCAUCGAGCGGGUGGCGUGGAGGAGGGUGCCACGGUCGCCAUCAUCAAUGUUGGCGGCAUCCGCUAUCGUAUACCGUGGUCCACUCUUGAGGAGUUUCCUUUGACUCGCCUGGGGAAGUUACGCAGCUGCAGCAAUGCAGAAGAGAUCCUUGAUGUGUGCGAUGACUAUGAUGCGCGUUGCAAUGAGUUCUUCUUUGACCGAAGCCCCAGCGCCUUCCGCUCCAUCGUCACUUUCUUGGCGGCCGGGAAGCUUCGUCUCUUGCGGGAGAUGUGCGCGCUCUCGUUUCAGGAGGAACUGCUGUACUGGGGUGUGGAGGAGGCCAGCUUGGAGUGGUGUUGCCUGAGAAAGCUUCGCCUUCGGCAGGAAGAACAGCGGGAGAGAGUCAGACUGGAGGAGGAGGACGCCGAGCUGACCUCCCCCCCAUCAUGUGAAGAGGUACUGGGGACUGGGAACCAAGAGAAGGGUCGCCUGGCCGGGUGCAUGCACAGUCUCAGAGAUAUGGUGGAGAAUCCCCACUCGGGUAUUCCAGGGAAGAUCUUCGCCUGCCUCUCGGUGGUGUUUGUGGCCAUCACUGCAGUUACACUGUGUGUCAGCACCAUGCCUGACCUGAGGGAAGAAGAGGAGAGGGGUGAAUGCUCCCAAAGGUGCUACAACAUCUUUGUGCUAGAAACUGUAUGUGUGGGCUGGUUUUCGCUGGAGUUUCUGCUGCGUUUCAUCCAGACGCAGAGCAAGUGCUCAUUUUUGCGCACACCUCUCAAUAUCAUUGACGUAGUGGCCAUCCUGCCCUAUUACAUCACUUUAAUUGUGGACUCACUGUCUGCGAGCGACCGUCCCACUGGCUCAGGGAACAACUAUCUGGAAAAGGUCGGAUUGGUUCUGCGAGUGCUUCGAGCAUUACGAAUCUUCUACGUGAUGCGUUUAGCACGUCACUCCCUGGGACUGCAGACACUGGGGUUGACAGUACGCCGUUGCACACGAGAGUUUGGGCUACUUCUGCUUUUUCUGUGUGUUGCCAUGGCGUUGUUCUCUCCUCUGGUCUUCCUGGCCGAGAGCGAGAUGGGUGCCAAGCAGGAGUUCACCAGCAUCCCUGGGAGUUACUGGUGGGCUGUCAUCUCCAUGACGACGGUUGGAUAUGGGGACAUGGUUCCACGCAGCAUUCCGGGUCAGGUGGUGGCGCUCAGCAGCAUUCUGAGCGGAAUUCUGCUCAUGGCAUUCCCUGUCACAUCCAUAUUUCACACAUUCUCACGUUCCUACGUGGAACUUAAAGAGGAACAGAAUCGGGCUGCACGGUACAAACCUGAUUCACAAGACAGUACCAAGUCCCACAAUAGUGAGGAUUCGCAGGAUACUGACAGUUCCAUCCACGGAAUCACAGAAGUUGCACAUCACCGCAGAUCUGUUGCUAUGGCAAAUCAAGGAGCUCCACAGGUCAGGAGGUCACUAAAGUCUUAGGCCCAUAAACACCAUAGCACUAAGAAUUGCCACUUACAAGCGUGCAAUAGGUGAGCUGCCGUAUAUAGUACCUGUUUGAGACAGAUGCCAAUACCAGACUCUGGGGUUACAAACAACGGGAUUGUAUGUCCAAAGCACAAUUAUUUAUGGAAACGGUUCACCCAAAAUUCUGUCAUUUUUGUUUGAUUACUCAUAAUUAUGUAAGUUUGUGAAAUGAAAGUGAAUGGGCACUAAGGCAAGUGAGCUUGAAGGAAGAAAUAAAAGUAGUCCAAAUGACUCAUGCACUUUACAGUAUGUAAAGAACAGUCAUUACUCGUUGCUAAUCUUCCUCAUCACAGUAGCCUUUACAUUUCUUUUUCAUAUAUUUAAAUGUAUGUUGUUAAGAUGUAACAUCAGGUGGACAUAAUUUAUGUUGUUUACUAGUUGUGUGUGUUUACAAAGUUAUAAUAUGUAGAAUAUAAAGCCAAAUUAUGUUACAUAUACGUAGUCGGAAAUGCAUUGAGGCAGAGAUUUUUGGGUGAACUGUUCUUUAAAACAGGUGUUCCUGGUAGCGGAAUGUUCCUGUAUAAACUGUUUGACUGUGAAGAAUCUCAUUUUAUUUUGCAUCCACCUUUAAGGUACAAUAAGCUUUUAUCUGGUGACAGAGGACACAGCGAGUAACACUGUUCAAAAAGAACCGUUAUGAACUUUUAUGUACGCUCCUAUAUGGCUGAUUUGCAAUAACUAAAGUUUAUGGAAACACAUUGAGACACAGAGUAUUUCUGCAUAGUUCUGCCAUAGUCUCAGGAUCUGCUCGUUGUAAUAAACAAUGAAUUACCCUUUAAAGGAAUAAAAGGUUCUUGUUUUUCAGUUGCCUUGACUGUUAGCUUGUUUGUAUGAUUUGCAAGCCAAAUGGGCAAAUUGGGUAAGCUGAUAAAUACUGUACAUCAAAAGAAAAUGUCAGCUUGUUCUAGCUGGUGAUACAUAUCAGUGAUGCACCGUUCAUAUUGACCAUUAUGUACACAUUGAUUCCACUGAGAAUAAUGUGCUCAUAAAGGCAAAAGCCCAUGUGUGCUGUCAAAACAAACUGAGCUUCAAUGACCAUAACCCUUAUGAAUGCACUCUCAGGUUCCCAUUUUAACUGGUUAGGCCAUUCAGUGUGUGCACAUUAUGUAAUAUAUAAUGUGUCAUAUAAACCAAAGUGAACAUUUCAUAACCAAAUGUAGAGCAAUCAGUACAUCAAUGUCACAAUGAUUGUACACAACAGCUAUAAAUGGGAGAAUCUCACUAAACCUGUUAACAACAUUAUCAUAUGUCAUAUUUCACCCAUACUUUAAAGUAAUUGAAAUUGCAUUGUGACACUUAAUGACAAUUAAGACCCACCCCAAUAAAGGGAAAGUUCA